AUGGACAACGGCCGCCGUCUGCCGCCGUCUGCCGCCGCGUCCGCCAUUGAGCUUGACGAACCUACCGAGGCAUGUUCUCUCCUGGCAUCGGAUAGUGAGGACUGGGCGAGCUCUGUGGACCUCCCCCCAGCUACCCGCCAGCCCCGUGGGAGACGAGCCGGCAUUGAAGCAGAGCUGAUGCGUCUGCUCUCUCAAGCCGUGGAGACCAUCGGCCUUGACUGGGAGGCGCCCGCGCCACCACCGCGCAACAGACUCGACGGUCGCUUUCUCAGAAAGAAUGAAGCCCCGUCACAGUCGAGAUCCGCGCCCUUCCUCCCUGAACUUCACGAGGAAGUCGCGAAAUCGUGGAACGCCCCCUUCUCCGCCAGGCUGCGUACCUCUUCCUCUGCUGCAUUCUCUUCUGUAGACGGUGCGAAAGAUAGAGGUUACCUUUCCAUUCCUCCUGUGGGAACGGCUGUAGCGUCCCAUCUUUGCCCGCCCUCCGCUGGACGGCGCGCUCAGACGGCGCUACCAUCUAAAGCCUGCCGAGUGACGUCAGCCAUGCAGGGACGCGCUUACACCGCCGCCGGGCAAGCAGUUUCAGCGCUGCACACAAUGGCUAUUCUGCAGAUCUUCCAAGCCGACCUUCUCCAAAAAUUGGACGAGGAAGGACCGGGAGCGAUCUGCGUGGCGGACUUAAGAUACGCUACAGACCUCGCUCUACGCGCAGCAAAGGCCGCCGCACAGGCCACAGUCAGCCAAGAUGUGCCUGGCAGCAACACAAUACAAGCAAAGUCCCUUAGCUCUCCGGCGGUCAACCUGCAUGGGUUCAUGAUCGGGUGUCAGGCUGACCGCAUUACAGAGACUGGAAGUGGAAUACACAGGAAGUUCAGACACAAGAGUGUGACGGACUUGCUAAUUGCGUCGUUGUUAACGUGCAUCUACACGAAAAGCCAAUUUGAUGAGUUUGUCGAGAUCGCAUCUUAUGCUCCCACUGACUUUAUAUUGACAGAUGUUCCCAAACCGACUCUGACUGUACGGCCACAGAGUUCAGUGUUCACUGGAGACUCAGUUACUCUGAGAUGUGAGCUGGAUCAGUCAUGGGAUGGAUGGGAGUUUCUCUGGAUUAAAGACUCAAACACUGAAUCUCCUGAAGCUGAAACUAAAACAAUUAAUCCUGUGAAAGUCUCUGAUGGAGGAGAGUACAGAUGCAGAGCAAGAAGAGGAGGAAAUUAUACACAUUACAGUGAACCAGUAGCAGUGACAAUACAUGGCAAACCAAAACCCAAAGUGACCAUUAAACCUGAUCAUCAUGUAUUCAGAGGAGAGACAGUCACUCUCAGAUGUGACAUAUAUGAUGGAGGAGUCACUAGCUGGCGGUAUAACUGGUAUAAAGACGGUUCAACCAGUGUUUUCAGUGAACGACAGGAACACACAUUCAGUGUUUCUGAGUCUGACGCAGGAAAAUACUCCUGUUAUGGGACAGAGACUGAAGGAUCACACAGAUCACGACACAGUGAUAAAGUUACACUGACAGUAUCAGAUGUUCCCAAACCGACUCUGACUGUACGGCCACAGAGUUCAGUGUUCACUGGAGACUCAGUUACUCUGAGAUGUGAGCUGGAUCAGUCAUGGGAUGGAUGGGAGUUUCUCUGGAUUAAAGACUCAAACACUGAAUCUCCUGAAGCUGCAACUAAAACAAUUGAUCCUGUGAAAGUCUCUGAUGGAGGAGAGUACAGAUGCAGAGCACAAAGAGGAGGAUAUUACACACAUUACAGUAAACCAGUACCAGUGACAAUACAUGACGCUUGUAAAAACCAGAGUGAGCAUAAACCUGAUCAUCAUGUAUUCAGAGAAGACUCGGUUACUCUCAGAUGUGACAUAUAUGAUGAAGGAGUCACUAGCUGGUGGUACAACUGGUAUAAAGAUGGUUCAACCAGUGUUUUCAGUGAACGACAGAAUCACACAUUCAGUUCUGUUUCUGAGUCUGACGCAGGAAAAUACUUCUGUUAUGGGACAGAGACUAAAGGAUCACGCAGUUCACAACUCAGUGAUGAAGUUACACUGACAGUAUCAGAAAGACCAAAACCCAGAGUGAGCAUUAAACCUGAUCAUCAUGUAUUCAGAGGAGACUCAGUCACUCUCAGAUGUGACAUAUAUGAUGAAGGAGUCACUAGCUGGCGGUACAACUGGUAUAAAGACGGUUCAACCAGUGUUUUCAGUGGACGACAGGAACACACAUUCAGUGUUUUUGAGUCUGACGCAGGAAAAUACUCCUGUAAUGGGACAGAGACUGAAGGAUCACACAUAUCAAAACACAGUGAUGAAGUUACACUGACAGUAUCAGAUCCCAAAGCAGUUUUAAGUGUUUCUCCGCAGAAGUGGUUGACUGAAGGAGAUCCAGUGACUCUGAUCUGUGAGGUCAACGGCUCCUCUACAGGCUGGACAUUCAGCUGGUUCACUGUCUCAGGGAGCAGGAAUGAUUAUGAGCUCCUCUCAGACAGCAGCAGAGGAGCUGGAGGAAAAUACACUGUCAGUUCUGCUGAUCUAAAUCACACUGGAGUUUAUGUGUGCGGAGCAGAGAGAGAUAAAACUGCCGUAAAAACAACAUACAGCAACACACAACCACUGUGGGUCACUGGUGUUUCUCCUCCAGUGUCUCUGAUCAUCAGUCCCAGCAGAACUCAACACUUCAGCUCUGACUCUCUCUCUCUGAGCUGUGAAGACCAGAGUAACUCUGAUGGAUGGACAGUGAGAAGAUACACAGACAGCGGGCGGCUGGAAAAUUGUUCAUCAUUACGCCGGGGAUCACAAACAGGAUCUACAUGUACAAUCAGCUCCACCAUCACACCAGACACUGGAGUUUACUGGUGUCAGUCUGAAUCUGGAGAGAAAUAUCAUCUUGUUAAUAUCACUGUACACAUUGGUGUGAUUCUGGAGAGUCCUGUUCAUCCUGUGACUGAAGGAGGUAAUCUGAAUCUACGCUGUUUAUAUAAAGAUACAACCCUAUCAAGCAUCAGAGCUGAUUUCUAUAAAGUUGGAUCACUCGUCCAGAAACAAACUACAGAGAUUAUCAUCCCGACUGUCUCAAAGUCACAUGAGGGUUUCUACUACUGCAAACACCCAGAGAGAGGAGAGUCUCCCAAAAGCUGGAUCUCAGUCAGAGUGCUGAUUUCAAACAUCCACUCUGGCCACACUCAAGAUGUUCCCAAACCGACUCUGACUGUACGGCCACAGAGUUCAGUGUUCACUGGAGACUCAGUUACUCUGAGAUGUGAGCUGGAUCAGUCAUGGGAUGGAUGGGAGGUUCUCUGGAGAAAAGACUCAAACACUGAAUCUCCUGAAGAUGCAACUAAAACAAUCAGUCCUGUGAAAGUCUCUGAUGGAGGAGAGUACAGAUGCAGAGCAAGAAGAGGAGGAUAUUACACAUAUGACAGUGAACCAGUAGCAGUGACAAUACAUGGCAAACCAAAACCCAAAGGGACCAUUAAACCUGAUCAUCAUGUAUUCAGAGGAGACACAGUCACUCUCAGAUGUGACAUAUAUGAUGAAGGAGUCACUAGCUGGCGGUACGUCUGGUAUAAAGACGGUUCAACCAGUGUUUUCAGUGAAGGACAGAAUCACACAUUCAGUGUAUCUGAGUCUGACGCAGGAAAAUACUCCUGUUAUGGGACAGAGACUAAAGGAUCACACAGUUCACAACUCAGUGAUGAAGUUACACUGACAGUAUCAGAAAGACCAAAACCCAGAGUGAGCAUUAAACCUGAUCAUCAUGUAUUCAGAGGAGAGACAGUCACUCUCAGGUGUGACAUAUAUGAUGAAGGAGUCACUAGCUGGCGGUACAACUGGUAUAAAGACGGUUCAACCAGUGUUUUCAGUGGACGACAGGAACACACAUUCAGUGUUUCUGAGUCUAACGCAGGAAAAUACUCCUGUUAUGGGACAGAGACUAAAGGAUCACGCAGUUCACAACUCAGUGAUAAAGUUACACUGACAGUAUCAGAUGUUCCCAAACCGACUCUGACUGUAUGGCCACAGAGUUCAGUGUUCACUGGAGACUCAGUUACUCUGAGAUGUGAGCUGGAUCCGUCAUGGGAUGGAUGGGAGUUUCUCUGGAUUAAAGGCUCAAACGCUGAAUCUCCUGAAGCUGCAACUAAAACUAUCAGUCCUGUGGAAGUCUCUGAUGGAGGAGAGUACAGAUGCAGAGCAAGAAGAGGAGGAUAUUACACACGUUACAGUAAACCAGUAGCAGUGACAAUACAUGGCAAACCAAAACCCAGAGUGACCAUUAAACCUGAUCAUCAUGUAUUCAGAGAAGACUCAGUCACUCUCAGAUGUGACAUAUAUGAUGAAGGAGUCACUAGCUGGCGGUAUAACUGGUAUAAAGACGGUUCAACCAGUGUUUUCAGUGAAGGACAGAAUCACACAUUCAGUGUUUAUGAGUCUGACGCAGGAAAAUACUCCUGUUAUGGGGCAGAGACUGAAGGAUCACGCAGUUCACAACACAGUGAUAAAGUUACACUGACAGUAUCAGUUCCCAGAGCAGUUUUAAGUGUUUCUCCUCAGAAGUGGUUGACUGAAGGAGAUCCAGUGACUCUGAUCUGUGAGGUUAACGGCUCCUCUACAGGCUGGACAUUCAGCUGGUUCACUGUAACUGUCUCAGGUUUAUAUAAUGAUUAUGAGCUCCUCUCAGACAGCAGCAGAGGAGCUGGAGGAAAAUACACUGUCAGUUCUGCUGAUCUAAAUCACACUGGAGUUUAUGUGUGCGGAGCAGAGAGAGAUAAAACUACCAUAAAAACAACAUACAGCAACACACAACCACUGUGGGUCACUGGUGUUUCUCCUCCAGUGUCUCUGAUCAUCAGUCCCAGCAGAACUCAACACUUCGGCUCUGACUCUCUCUCUCUGAGCUGUGAAGACCAGAGUAACUCUGAUGGAUGGACAGUGAGAAGAUACACAGACAGCGGGCGGCGGCUGGAAGAUUGUUCAUCAUUACGCUGGGGAUCACAAACAGGAUCUACAUGUACAAUCAGCUCCCCCAUCACAUGGGACACUGGAGUUUACUGGUGUCAGUCUGAAUCCCGAGAGAACUAUCAUCCUGUUAAUAUCACUGUACACUUUGGUGUGAUUCUGGAGAGUCCUGUUCAUCCUGUGACUGAAGGAGGUAAUCUGACUCUACGCUGUUUAUAUAAAUAUACAACCCGAUCAAACAUCAGAGCUGAUUUCUAUAAGGAUGGAUCACUCGUCCAGAAACAAACUACAGAGAUGAUCAUCCCGACUGUCUCAAAGUCACAUGAGGGUUUCUACUACUGCAAACACCCAGAGAGAGGAGCGUCUCCCAAGAGCUGGAUCUCAGUCAGAGGUGAGAUUUCUCCAGCCUCAGGAUCUAAUGGACUCAAUCGCGUGAUAAUUGGAGUGACUGCGGGACUGACUGUUGUGUUUUUGAUCAUUGUCUUCAUGGUCCUCCUGUGGCGCUACAGAAACAACAAAGGUGUGAGAUCUGAGUCUCCGUCUCCUGUCAGUCAUCAGCAGAACAUCAGUCAGAAAUCAGAGCAGAACCAGAGUGAAGCCGGAGACACGGCACUGCUGUCCGGAACUUCACAUAUUUAUGACUCUGUUGAUACAAAUAUUAAUAAAGAAAUAAGCACAGACGGUGUAAGUGGGCCGACUGAGAUCACAUAUGCUGAGAUUGAACUCAAAUCAACAAAGAAACAGAAGAAAAAGAAAGAAAACAAAGGCAAAAACACUGAGAGUGACGACAUUUACUCUAAACUGAAGCUGUAAACGGAUCAAAAUGCUGGAUCCAGUGAUGUGACGUAUGCCCAGGUUAAAAAAAGACGACCGGAGAAGAAACUUUCAAUCCCAGGAAUCUGAUGAGUUUAUGGUUGAGAAGUGAAAGGAUCAUCAAGGCAAUAGAUUUGCCAGAACUUACUGUAACAUUAGUAAGCCUUCAUGUGCUUCAGAGACUAUGCAUGUUAAUAUUUGAAAAGCUUUGAGCUGAUUAUUCAUUAGAAAUAAGCUUGUAUUGUUUAGUACUGCCGUGUGUUUUAUAUUGGUUAAUACCAGCAGCAGCAGCUUAUCAUUUGACAACUGAGGGAAUAUAAUAUUCAGUGUUAGGCUAUUUCUUUUCUGACUGAUGAGUAAGGGACCAAGUUACCUUUUUUAUUUCUGUCUUCUUAAAUGUAUUUGUACAAAAAUGUAUUUGUAACAAAAUGUUAAAAUUGUGAUUUCCAUGUCUGGACAAGUUGUCUUUAAACAUAAACGUACAUAGUAAAACUACUUUGUUCUAGCUAUGCUCAAAAUA